UCAGAGAUAAUGACAGCGAGGGAUCGCGGUGUUUAGACAUAGAUCGGCGCUCGUUUCUGACACGGUUAGAGCAUAACAAAGUCCGGACGUCUGACCAAACGACUAUUGCACGGCCUUUCGCGUCAUUUCGGUCGCAUCCAGGUCCAGCGAGAGUCGAGCGGAUAACGGGAGUGACGGAGGACGCACCGGAGCGAUCCAUCGCUUUCUUCACCACGGAAAUGUGUUGAUGACACGCAAAAGUCGCCGUUACCCGAAAUCGAUUGUUGUGUGAUUCCAAAAGUGGGAUUUGUGCAGGUGUGAGAACAAACCAUCCCAUUAUCGUCUUUUGAUUGUGUUUUUUGGGAGGGUGCCACGGCUGUUUCGCUUCUGGCCAUCCAGUCGUACGCAGCGUUGUGAGCUUGUGUCAUUCAAGAAGCGCAGGAAUAAAUACAGAUGCAUUAAUGGAGCACAGACUCUGUUCAAUUGAACCAAAAUGGUGCCGUUGUGAUGUAAUGUCUAUGAAAUUACAGUGAUCUGUCAUAUUUCAAUUGCAAACAGCAUCAUUUCAAACACAGGAUCUGUAUGAUUUAAUGACAUAUAACAAAAAAAACACAUUCUAGUCCAUUAUAAAAACAACACAUACAAAUAAAUUUGGGGCAGGAGAAGUGGAGUGAGGAAAUCCUUCAGUGAUAGUGAUGGAUGGUAAUAUGGGUGAGAUGUCCGUACACAGCCAUGUGGAGCUGGCACACAGUCAGGACAGCCGUGCCAUGCUGCACUCUCGGGAUCUCGCGGCAGCCUUUCCUCGUCCCUCUUUGGGAGGCCCAUCCAUGGGCCUAGAGUCUGAUCAUCAGAGCACCGGGUACGACCACGGCAUGACCACACUGGGGUACAGCAGGGAUGCUGCGACCAGCUGUGGUAGCACCUAUACCACUCUGACACCCCUUCAGCCCUUUGAUGACAAAUUCCACCAUCAUCACCACCACCCCUGCCUGCCCGUCAGCAACGUUAUUGGCAGCUUCACUCUCAUGCGAGAAGAUCGAGGUCUGGGGGGAAACUACUACACCCCAUACGGAAAAGACUUUGGGAUAGGGCAGGGUCUGUCUCCACCGCUGGGCAGUGCUGGCCUGGAGACCACCAUGCAUGGCUAUGGCAGCUUGGGGAGUCAGAAUGGACACGGUAGCCAGAUGCUAACAGGUGGCCAUGAGGUCCAUAUGGGCACUAAUGGUGGCAACAUGUGUCGAACAGCACCAGACUUUGGGAGGGAGAUGUCACCACCCUCUCUGGGGGGCGAGCACGGGGUCAGUCACCAGCUAAACAAAAUGGAUGCCCAUCAGCACACUCCCACCUACCACCACCAUAUAUACAACCAAAGCUAUCAGCACCAUCUCACCAGCCAACAGGCCUCCAAGCUCGCUGAUCUGGCCUCUUCCUCCCCGUCCUCCUCCGGCUCCAUCCUGGGAAGAGAGGGCAUGCUGCCCGGCUCUCAGAAUGCAGGAGAGGAGAUCAAUACCAAAGAUGUGGCUCAGAGAAUCAUCACAGAAUUAAAGAGGUACAGCAUCCCACAAGCCAUCUUCGCAGAGAGAGUUCUUUGCAGGUCUCAGGGCACUCUGUCAGACCUGCUCAGGAACCCUAAACCGUGGGGAAAACUCAAAUCUGGCCGUGAGACCUUCAAGAGGAUGUCCCGCUGGCUGCAGGAGCCAGAGUUUCAGAGGAUGGCCUCUUUACGCCUGGAAGCUUGUAAGCGUAAGGAACAGGAGCAGUCUAAGCUAGAGAGGAACCAGGGGCCCAAGCGUACUCGUCUGGUCUUCACAGACCUACAGCGUCGCACUCUUUUGGCCAUUUUCAGAGAGAAUCACAGACCUACCAAAGACCUGCAGAUCACCAUCUCCCAGCAGCUGGGCCUUGAGCUCUCCACCGUAAGCAACUUCUUUAUGAACGCGCGUCGCAGAAAUGUCAACCGCUGGAGCGAAGAGGGCCGUCCGUCCUCCACUGGCUCGUCGGGGUCCAGCUCGGCAUCUCCAGCUGUGACUUGCUCCACGGCAUGAUGGGAAACGAGGCGUUUCUGCUCUGCACGGCACAGGUCCACCUGUAGCUGAAAGAGUUUGAGAAUUUUAUCAAGGGUGUUUUUAUAUAGAAAUCAACAGCAGAUGAAACCAAAGAUACGAGGGUAAUGUCCAGAGGUGUCUAGAGAAGACUGGGUUUGAUUGUAGUUUUAGUGUUGAUUAUUUUAGCUUUAAUCUUUGAGCCCAACACAUCAGGGCUCCUGAAAUCAUUCACAGAUCGACUGACUUUCGGUGAAUUAUGAAAAGGUAAUGAACAGAUAUUCAGUUGGCUUAUUUAUUAUUUCAUUAUCCGUUUCAAAAUCGAAAAUCAGUGCAAGAUCCAAAUGUGUCUGGAUUUUCCUGGUUGAUGGUGACACAUGAAGAAAUCAGCGGGAAUUUUUAGGUUCUCAAGAGAUACUUUUUUUUCAGCAAAUGGAAGAAUUUGACCAAAGAAACAAAGAAGGAUGCAAGUGAAUCUUUCAAAGAUUCUUUAUGGCCAAAAGCUACCGGACAAAGAACCUGCAGCUAAAACCAAAAUAUGAACAUUUUUCGAGAGCGUGUUUUCUUUUUAUACCUAAAAUCUUGCUCGAUCAUUACAAAUCGUACCACAGCUCAUAGUCCACUUGCCGGAAAAGGCAACAACUACAGUCUCAGCACAGGAUGGCGUCGCUGCCUCUCAAACAAUGAGGUUGAACUUAAGACACAUCGGUGGGGGAGGGGCAGCCAAGACAUUAUUUGCAACGGCCUUUAAACUUGAUCGAUCGGUGAACCUCACGUGAGUUUCUGCUGAUAGAAUUGGCUGCGGGAGAAAUCCAGAAAGCUCUCCUUGCAUCAUAAAGCAGCAGACAUCUAUAAUUUCCAACCUCUGAGCUCUUACAUGUCACACUGAGGGUGGCGAAAUCUUUUUCCCGUUUUUGUUUGUACGAAUUUCAAGCACACAAGCUGGCCGAUGGCUGUUUGUCCUGGAAAUCUCCGGAGCCCAGAUGAAUACUAAACACAAUUGACGCAAGCUUGACUCGAACAUGAAUAACUUUGUGUAUUUAUAAUAAUUAUUUAUGUAUUUAUUUCCAAUUAUCUAGCUAUUUAUUUUAUUUAUUUGCUCGUUACCAUCAGUAUUUAUUUCUCUCGGUGUUGUUCGUGUAUGAAAAUGACCCCCAGAUUGGGGUCCUUAUACCAAAGAUGAAGAUGUCCUCCCUGAAUGUCCACCAUCUCCUGAUCGCUGUGUUCGUAUCUUGAUAGACAGGCUAGUUUAAAUCUAUGGUUCAUAGUUCACAUGUUCUGCAUGUCUAGACCCUUCUUAGCCUGAAGAGGACGAGAGUUUAAGUGAUUCUAUAUUAAUUCAUUCAGGCUAAGCGCUGGGUGCGAAUGUUUAGCUGUGAUCAUCCACAUUUACUGUACGCUGUUCGCCACGGCCUCUCGGGGUGGGCUGUGUUAGGCCUUGAGGGAGAGAUCGUCCCUUUUUUAAUGCUUUCUCAUUCCCCUGUGUUUAACCUUUCCAGGGCAUGUAGUGUGGCCCCUGCACAGCACGCACUUGAAAGAGGGCCCAUGAAAGAGGCCAUCGACUUUUGCCGACUUCAAAGGGGCCCUUUUUAUCCGUGUCCUCUCGGAGACUGGGGCCGACGCGCUGCACUUGGCCGUACCCAUGGGCUUAGGGCAUUCACAGGAGGGAGGGCAGAUCAGAGACUUGCUGCAUUACCAAAUCACGGCAAGGAAGGGAGGGGUGGGGAGUUUGGGGGCGGGAAUUAAAGUUUAAUGAGCAACAAUUGCAAGCAUGCUGUGCUCAAGACAGAAACUGUCAGCGUGUUUGUGCCCCUCCGGGUCGCCUUGUUGCAGUUGGUGGUUUGCCAGUCUUGUUUUUCUUCUUAGACAUUGAAUGAUUUAGAUGAUUAUAAUUUUAAACAUUACAGUGGUAGAUGGUUAGAGAUGACAUGACAACAUGUAGGGUCAUGAAGGUUACUUGCAUUUGCAAUUGAGAGCCAGCACGUCGUAGAAGACGCUACUAACAUAAUUUGGUCUCCGGCGCCCCCUGGCGGACGCUUUUCACACACUUCUUUUUUCAGAUAUCUGUCAACAAAAUUGUCCAACAACGAAAAACACCAUAUUCUUGUUGUGUUUGUUAAACUUCAGAUAAUUUUUGAAUGGGAUUCCUCUGCCCAGAGGUCGUUGUAUCACACCGAGUUACUACAGAUAGUGUUCCCUUAAAAAAAGUCCUGCGGGAUUCCUUUGGGUUUUUUUGUAAGGGUUGUGCCCAGCCGUAUAGAUCCAUUUCAGUAUCCCACCAAAAACUUGCUUUACCAAACAGCUCUAAUUUCAUCUACCUCAACUGUGUGCAACGUGUUGUGAGAAGUAACUACCAAAGAGCCCAUCCAUUCAGGGAGCGUCUGCUUGUUUCUAAGUUUUUAUAGCCAAAUGUGCUGGAAUCAAUCCGUGAACACAACAAAUCACAGCCCUACCUGCAGGCAGAAAGAACAGUGUUAGUGUGUGUGAGCGAGAGUGUCAGAGAGAGUGUGCGAGUGUGUGUAAAGAAAUACAUUUAUCAAUAUUUAUAAAGACCAAAUGGGAAUGACAAUCGAAGCAAGAAAGGAGGUCUUGCUGACCUUAUGAUUGCUUAUCCCUUAAAAAACAAAAAUGAUAAAACAAAUAAAAUACCAAAAAAAGUGACUGUAAAAACGGAUAAAGACCAAAAUAAAUGUGAAAUGUCUGUCUCUACAAAUAUGAUAUUUUCUGUUAUCAGAGUCACUCAACAUCAUAGAUAUUCCAAGUCAACAAAUCUGUAAUUGAAUCUCAUUACACAAAAUUUACUACCCCCCCUCGAACAGGCAAAUACAUGAUAUUUUUGGUGUCUGGAAAUCAGUUUGGAUAAGCAGACUGAAAAGUAGCAUUUAUUUUGUUUUGUCAUUUUGUUUAAUAAACCCAUCACUCAUCUACAAUCAUUCUACUGGUGUAAACAGUUGUCUCAUCCGAAGCAAUUCUCUCCUUGUGUUACCUUAUGAAUGUGGCUAAUCAACCAAAGGUGUAAAAAAGUCAAUCAUAACUGGACAUUGUGUGCUGA